AAUGCUACACCAGAGAUGAUUCGAGCACAUUUUGAAAGAUGUAUCAAGCGGAUCGAAAGCUUUCGUGCUCGACUCAAGACAUCACAUGUGUCUGGCAAAAAGUACCCUCCAAUGGCGAUUGUGGCAGCUAAUCGAGUUAGAACAGUGAAGGGUACCAUGAUAACCGAACCAAAACCAGAAAGGUUCGCAGAAGAAGGAUAUAACUCACUUGUUUUUGAUUGGGGAGAUGGAGUGAUACUGUGGGAAAGUGCAGUAGGAAUUCCUGGAGGAUGGGGGAAAGAAGUUACGAAGGUGGUUGAGAGUAAAUUUGGACAUAUGACUUUAUUGGCUGAUCAUGAAUCUAUUGAUGAAGCUCUUAAAGCUUGUGGUACAGAACUCAAUAAACCAUGACUUUUUCUACUUUAGCUUUUCUUUGACAUCUGUAACCCUAUCCAUUAUGCAUCUUAUUUUCAUAUAAACACAUCAUAUCUCCUUUAAUUUUUUACUUCUAUCUGUGUUUUUGUAUCUCUCUAGUUUGAAUUCAGCAUAGCAUAGCAUUGGUUUUUUUAUUCAAUACGAUCUUGACAAUUUGAUUGUUUUACUCAUAAAAGCAUGUAUCAGGUUUAAUUUGACAAUAGGAUUUAUGUUGAAUUAAUGGGUUUUUUAUUCUUAAUGUGAAGAUGGAAAUGUAUUUGUAUUUAUUUAAUUUUGGAUAAAUGAAACUUGCUUGAAAGG